AGCUGUAAUAAGAAAGCUUCAUUUUGAAGCAGCAAGUCUGAAUUCAUUUAAAUGAAUACAAUUUUAUUCAAUAAUAAAUGGACUUAUAAUACUAUUUAACUGCAAGAACUCCAAUAUUGCCGUCGAUGCAUUAUCACCUUUAAAACAAUGCAACCGCAAGUCAAGGGGGGCGCCAAAAGCCCAGCGUCCGUGGCCAAACUUGAGGAAUUCAUCAAUGACCGGCUUAAGGAGGAUCUCAAACAGCUGGAGAUAUGUCUCAAUCGGUACAACGAGGACAUUAUGGAAUAUGUACAACUGAAGAACACGCUGCAAACGUUUGACGAGCACAUGCCCGAUGGCUACAAAACACAGGUCAACAUUGGCAGCAAUAUUUUUAUGCAGGCACGCGUCAAGCAAAUGGACAAAAUACUCGUGAACGUGGGCAAGGAAGUGUAUCUGGAAAUGAGCAUGGAGGAGGCCAUCAAAUUUAGUGAUGUACGCAUUAAGAUUUUAACCAAACAGGCGGACGUGGUGCGAGAUGAGAGCGUAAAGAAACGAACACUUAUUAAAUUGGCACUGCUUGCAAUUGCUGAACAAGAAAAGUUGCUGCAAGACGAUAGCAAGAAGUAAAGGAUCGAAUGCAAGAUGGCUGUCAGGGAGAGAAGAGAUGUGGUAGUGUUGGAAAACGAGAUUAGCUAAGUAAAUAAAAUAGUAUGUUAUCUAAUU